UGGAUCGAUCGUAUUGCACGAGAUGCGUGCAGAGGCGUGCAGGCGGCGGAGAAGCGAGCGACGAAUGAAAAGUGAAGCCUAAAGAACGCCUCUAACACCAAAGACUACUGGAGGAUUCAAAGACCUGGCUGCUCUUGUCCUAUAGUUACUAUCUCAGCGUCCGAAGUAGAAUACUUAGGUGAGUUGGUCCUAGUUGCUAAAACUAGGUUUCUUCAUGUUUCGACGUUCCCAGGGUACUGUUUAUAUUUCACUCCCACUGAUUCAAACCCAAAUACGCCGACAUAUCGCAAUGUGUAUACUGUAAUACGGCCCGUAAUGGUGGCCGAAAGUCUGGUAGUCCACACGUUACGUAUAUAUACAGAGGACUCGUUCGAGUUCAGACUGCACGUACUCUAGACCCACAUCGUAUCCUCCAUCGUCACCUGAAUUCGUAGUACAGUAUGAGCACGGAACAUGAGACCAAAGUUGAGUCUGAGGAGCUCGUCGUCGCACCAAUCGAUGAGAGGUUGUACUCUCUCGAACCGGAUGAACUCGAGUUCUUCAAAUCCUGGACGAAGAUCCAAGAUGAAGAGGAACUGAAGCGGCAUAUCUUGAAGAGUCAAGCUGAUGCGUAUGCUGUCUAUCCUUAUCCAUGCAUUCGCCGAUUCUCCUUCACGAAAUUAAAGAUCUCUCGCUUCCCUGCCUACCAGGACUUACUCCAACUUGGCCGAGAGCGUCCCGGAGCGCUUUUCAUAGACCUUGGAUGUUGCUUUGGUAAUGACGUCAGAAAAGCAGUAGCAGAUGGUUUCCCAGUACAACAAGCUUUGGCAUCCGACCUCCGACCAGGAUUUUGGGAGGUUGGACAUCAGCUGUUCAAGGACACCAAGGAGACCUUUCCUGUCCCCUUCAUACCAGGUGAUGUCUUUGAUAUCAAGUUUGUCUCAGACGAACCCGGUAAAGUGGAAACGACAACGGAGCUUCCACCUCUAUCAAGCUUGAUAAACUUGACGCCGCUUCUGGGUUGCCUGUCCGCAAUCCAUACUUCCUCGUUCUUUCACUUGUUUGACGAGGAGCAACAGUUUCACCUCGCGAAAAAAGUCGCCUCGCUCCUCUCCGCUGAACCCGGAUCGAUCAUAUUCGGCUCGCACGUUGGUAGAUUCCAGAAAGAAUAUCGUACCGAAGUCCCAGUAUUGGGCCUACCAAACCAAGCUAUGUUCUGUCACUGUCCCGAGAGCUGGGUGGAGAUGUGGGAGAAACAGGUCUUCCAGGAAGACGAAGUCCGUGCUUGGGCAAUGUUGCAUGAAGUCGAAAGACACGAAUUUGCCCCAGUCAUAGAGGGGAAGUACUAUCUCUUGGUGUGGUCCGUUACAAGGCUCUAGAACGGUUCUCUCCCUUCAGAUUCUGUUCCUACCACGUAAAGGUGGACAAAGCCCACCUCAGCGCGCUGGUGAAUGAUGUUUGGUAUCUAUUCGAUAUGGAAUGUUGUCUCCGAUUGUGAUACUGGGACUCUUGAAUGUCCGUUAUCCUGCCUCUAUUUCUGUCCGCAUCCCUCAAAUCGAGCAGCAUGCCCGAACUAGCAAUGCUAGGAACAGCGAUACCGAGGCCGAC